AUGGCUGAGGAAACCGGAGCGUCGCCCCGCCAAGCGCGGCCCUCGAUGACUGCGACCAUGCGGAGCAGCUCCUUUCUGAGGGACCAUCAACAAUACCGCCCGCAGUACAAACCCGAGAACCACUACGGGAUUGACACCGUCGUGGAAGAUCUACGAGCAACUUCCAUCUCCCCGCGGGACAUUACUCCCUUCAAGGGCGUCCCUUCUCCCGAAAACCCCCCCACGAUUGUCGAGAGCGGCGUGAGCCACGGGUUGUCGCAUCCCAACUGCACCCCGCGAACCGGCGCGCACCUUGAUAAGCUUGUCGCGACACUGUUCUACCGAUCGUCAGCACCCCGAGCCUCCAAUGUGAUCCCGUCCCCGCAGAAGGGCCCGUCCCCGCAGCCCAGCCGGUCCCCCUCGCUUCACGCUGCUGCGCCUGCAGUGCCCGCGGCCGAGUCCGACAUCCCCCCGACCAUGGCCCCGAGUAGUAGCCUCGAGACAUACCCCCUAGAACCUCCUGCAGCCGAGCCCGAGCCGCUCGACCACCUCUACGGCUCUUACGUCACCCCCAUGUGCAUCGCCGCGUUCUUACACCUCAUGACGGCCUUCCCGUUACCCCCCAGCUCCACCGACCUCACAUCGGCACACCGCUGCCUCAAGCUCGACCCCAGCCAAGAAGAGCACCCUGUAGUCGUCGAGCUAACCGUCGCCCCGGCACCCUCGCCCGAUUACCUGUCCCUUGCCGACCUUCGCAAGCACGAGCUCAUUUACCGUUUCGAGCGCGAAUGGAACGUGGACGUCGCCCUGCGCGCCGACACCCUCUGGCGCCGCUACCCGCGCCUAGUGGUCUUCGACAUGGACAGCACCCUCAUCACGCAGGAGGUCAUUGACCUUCUAGCCGCCACCAUCAAGGAUCCGCCCGAUCUUGCCGCCCGCGUCGCUGAUAUCACCCAUCGCGCGAUGUUGGGCGAGCUCGAGUUCGACUCAGCCUUCCGUGAGCGCGUGAAGCUUCUCACCGGGCUACCAGCCACCAUCUUUGAGGAAUUGCGUCCCGUAUUGGACGUGACCAACGGCGUGAGGCCGCUCCUCCGUGCCCUGAAGAGAUUGGGUGUCAGGACUGCCGUACUCUCGGGGGGGUUCCUGCCGCUUACUAGUUGGUUGGCUGGAGAGCUGGGGAUUAAUUAUGCACAUGCGAACGAGGUCGUCAUCGACGAGACAACGGGCCGCUUGACCGGUGAGGUUAAAGGCCGGAUCGUUGGUAAGGAGCGUAAGCGUGAGUUGUUGAUCGAGAUUGCUGAGAAGGAGGGCAUCCCUCUCGAGCAGGUGGUGGCGGUAGGGGACGGCGCCAAUGAUCUGUUGAUGAUGGAGGCCGCGGGGCUUGGUGUUGCGUGGAACGCCAAGCCGAGAGUACAGAUGGAGGCGAGCGCGCGCAUCAACGGGGAUAGUCUGUUGGAUUUGCUCCAUCUCUUUGGGUUUAACGCUGAGGAAGUUCAACAACUGAGUGCUUGA